AUGGAGCAAAAGGAAGAAGAGAAGAAUCUGGCCAUGGAGCAGGAAGAGGAGCACCUGCCUGUGGAGGGAGAGGAAGAGGACCUGACCACAGGAGUGGAGCACCUGGCCAUGGAGCAGGAGGAAGAGGAGGAGGACCUGUCUCCAGAGGAGAAAGAGGAGGACUUGGGCAUGGAAAAGGAAGAGGAGCACCUGCCUGUGGAGAAAGAGGAAGAGGACCUGGCCACAGGAGUGGAGCACCUGGCCAUGGAGCAGGAGGGAGAGGAGGAGGACCUUGCUCCAGAGGAGAAAGAGGAAGACCUGGCCAUGGAGAAGGACCAGGCCACAGAGGAGGACAAGGAGGAUCUGGGUCAGGAGGAGGAGAAGGAAGCAGACCUGGCAAUGGAGGAGGACGAGGAUGUGGCCAGGCAGGAGAAGGAAGAGGAGGUACUGGCUAUGGAGGAAAAGGAAGUGGAGAAAGAUUGGGAAAUGGCCACAGAGAAGGAGCAGGAGGAAGAGGACCUGGUCACAGAGGAGGAGGAGGAGAAUGAGGAGGAGAAGGAUGUGGCCAUGCAGGGGGAAGAAGAAGAGGCAGAAGAGGAGGUAGAGGACCUGACUAUAGACUAGGAGGACCCAGGAAUUGAGGAGGACGAAGAUGUGCCAAUGCAGGGGGAAGAAGAAGAGAAGGAGGUGGACCUGGAAAUGGAGGAGUAGGAGCAAGAGGACCUGGCCAGAGAGGAAGAUGAUGAGAAGGAGGAGAACCUGGCCACAGAGAAGGAGCACGAGG